UAACGUGUGAGCGGCGCUUGGAGGGCGCUCUGGGAAUUAGGGUAGGCGAUGGCGCGCUAGGGCUGUGAAUCAAGGAAGGCGCGCGCCGGCAUGGCUAGGGAUGGCAGGGUAGACGAUGCCAAGGACAAGUCUAGGAAGCGCAAGUCGGUGGAGGACGAGCAGCCUUCCUCCAAGCGCCGGGAGGACGAUGAUGGUAAGCGCAAGCACAAGCACAGGAAACACAAGCACAGGAGCAGCCACCGCAAGCACAUUAGUAAAGAGGUCGACUUGGAUGUGGUGCCGGCGGCCAUGGCGUGCGAGGCCGAGGAUGGGGAGAUCCUUGAGCCGACGGAAGAUGGGAUUGUUCUAAAGGAGGAGGGGAAUGGUAGUUCCGAAUCGGAGAAGGAUGUGGAACAAGAGAUUGAAGCCCCAAAGUCGGAGCGGGGAAGCCCGAGGCGAUCCAGGGAUGGAAGCCCGCCGCGCGAUAAUGUUGAUAGAAAGCACAGCAGUCCAGAUAGGAGGCACAGGGGGAGUAGCGUCGAUAGAAAGCGGAGGUCGCGAUCGAAGGAGAGCGUGCGCGAGAAUGCCCGGCACCACAGUCGGGUGGCGAGCCCCGAUAGGAAGCGACGUCGCUCGAGGUCCAGAGAUAGAGGAGAUGAGCGAAGCCGGAGGCAUGCUUACAGUCCCGAUAGAAGACGGCGCUCCAGAUCGAGAGAACACGAUGAGCGUGAAAAAUAUCCUAGGAAGAGAGCCGAGUCGCGUGAUAGGCAUAUAAAAGAUGAUCGAGGGGCUCGGGAUGAUGAAAGGCAUUAUAACAGGGAUAGAAAUAGGCGUGACCGGGAGGAGCUGUCGGAAAAGCAAGAAACCACACAGAGCGAGACCAUUGAGAGGGAAGAAGAAAACCAGGACGAGUAUCUGGAGCGUGUUGCGCAUCAGUUGGCUGAGCAAGAAGAAGACAUAGAGAAAGUCAAGGAAGAGAGUCGAAAAAGAAGGCAGGCCAUCUUGGAGAAGCAUAAAAUGCAACAGAGUCAGCCGGAGGAGCCGGCUGAAACCAUGAAGGUUUCUAAGCCUUUAACAGCAGCAGAGCCAGAUAGUGGUGAGGGUAUUAUUGACCCUUCGACCCCUUUAUCGCUUGGGAAGUCUGCUCUCCCUAAUGGGACGAUUCUAAAAAGAAAUGCAGGUGGUCUUGGAGAGGGUUCGCCACCAAAGAGUGAAAAGCCAGCCGACAUGUUCUGUGACAUUUUUGGAGAGUCGCCUGCAGAAAUUCGAAAAGCGGGAACGAGAGAUACUUUGGCGAUUGAUACGAGUGGGCUUACGGAUAAUUGGGAUGAUGCAGAUGGUUACUAUACUUACCGAGUCGGUGAGGUUCUUGAUAAUCGGUAUGAAAUUGCAUCGUCGCAUGGCCGGGGUGUAUUCUCGACUGUGGUGCGUGCGAGGGACACGAAAGCUGGUCGAGGAGAACCGGAAGAAGUGGCUAUCAAAAUUAUCCGAAGCAACGAAACUAUGUUCAAGGCAGGCCAGAUGGAACUGAUCAUUCUUAACAAACUGGCUGGGGCGGAUCUCGAGAACAAGCGGCAUUGUGUGCGUCUUCUUUCCAGCUUUGAAUACCGGAACCAUUUGUGCCUGGUUUUUGAGUCUCUCCAUAUGAAUCUGCGUGAGAUUCUAAAGAAGUUUGGUCGUAAUAUAGGUAUUAGUCUGGCUGCGGUUCGCUCUUAUGCCAGGCAACUCUUCACUGCUUUGAAGCAUUUGCGAAACUGUGGUGUUUUGCACUGCGAUAUCAAGCCCGACAAUAUGCUGGUGAACGAUUCUAAGAACUUGCUCAAGCUUUGUGACUUUGGUUCCGCAAUGUUUGCUGGCGAAAACGAGAUCACUCCGUACCUCGUGAGCCGCUUUUAUAGAGCACCAGAAAUCAUUUUGGGGCUGCCGUAUGAUCACGCCCUGGAUAUGUGGUCUGUGGGAUGCUGCUUAUACGAGCUUUACACUGGCAAGGUUCUUUUCCCAGGCUCCACAAAUAAUGACAUGCUAAGGCUUCAUAUGGAGCUCAAAGGGCCAUUUCCCAAGAAGAUGCUGAGGAAGGCGAUGUUCACCGCCCAACAUUUUGAUCAGGACCUCAACUUCCAUGCCAUCGAAGAAGAUCCCGUGACCAAAAAGACGAUUAACCGAAUGAUCACCAAUGUCAAGCCCAAAGACAUCUCGACACUCAUAUCCUCCUCGGGGGGGUCCGACGAGGAUGCCAAGAACCUCCUCAAUUUCAAACUUCUGCUGGAAAAGAUUUUUAUUCUGGAUCCUGAGAAGCGAUUGACUGUGUCUCAGGCACUCAACCAUCCGUUUAUCACCAAGUAGCAAGGCAGGCGAGACUGUACAUAUCCUCUUCUCAUUUUGGCGUCCAUGGCACAAGACGAAACGAGACAACGAAAAGCUCCGGUUUUUACAUUUAGCGUAAGAAAGUUUCUCUUUGUAUUAGCUCGUCUAAUCGUUCACAACUUUGCUUUUGAAGGGGGCUGGAACUUCCCUGCUUUCCUAAAAGUUCUCUCUAGAGAUUAUAUCAAAGCGUCCAGGUUUUACUUGCAACGCUGUUCUUCGCCUUCUAACUUUCGUUGUUCCAGAGAGACAACCAAGAAAACGCAAACAAAUUUUUUUUUUUUUGAUCGAUCCAUCAAAUCGGUUUCCAUGUCGUGUGUAAAGAAUGCGAUCAUCGUCGCACGCGAAGUCUAUCCACUGGUAAAGCUAUUUUUGGU